GUGCUUAAUGAAAUCCCUCCUCAAAUGUUUUAAUCGACAAAGGAGACUGAAAACGCAAGAGGGUUUUCAUGAGUAACACUUCUAGCCUGGUGAACUGGGAUUAAUAUUAGCCUCUUCAAUGGAGGGAAAGAAGAGCAACACUAAAUCCAAAGUGGAUAUAUAUAAAGAUCAAGGGGAGGAGAGAACUGAAAGAGCCAAAUCUCCAGAACCCAGCUGUGUGUCUAUGAAUAGUGAACAAUCCAUGGAUUAUCCUCCUGGUGUCAGUGAUGGAACAGUGACCUCUGAACCCAGUUCCGCUGGGUGUGUUCACCUGCAGGAGGAGACUGGAGACCUGCAUAAACCACUGGAUGAUGAACUACAGAGAGUCAAAGAGCAGCACAAAACCAGCAUGAAGAACAAGUAUGAGAGAUUAUUUGAGGGACUGAAACUCCAGAAGAAUGAAAGCCUCCUGAACAGCAUCUACACACAGCUCUACAUCAUAGAGGGAGAAAGAGAAGGAGUGAAUGAAGAACAUGAGGUUUUACAGAUGGAGAAAACAGCCAGAACACAACACUCACAAGACACUCCAAUCUACUGCAAUGACAUCUUUAAAGCCUCCGCUGAAGCAGGAUGUGAGGAGAAAGAGCAGAUCAAGACUGUUCUUACUAAAGGCAUCGCUGGAAUCGGAAAAACCGUCUCUGUGCAGAAGUUCAUUCUGGACUGGGCCGAGGGAAAAUCCAAUCAGGAUGUAGAUUUCAUGUUUGUGCUUCCAUUUCGAGAGCUGAACUUGAUCAGAGAUCAUCCGUACAGUCUUCACAGACUUCUGCUGGACUUUCAUCCUGAACUUCAAGAUCUGGACUCACAGAUUUAUGAGGAGUGUAAAGUUGUGUUCAUCUUUGAUGGUCUGGAUGAAAGCAGAAUCACACUGAUGUUUUCAGACGCUCAGAAAGUUUGUGAUGUGACUGAGACUUCAUCAGUGGCUGUGUUGAUGUCAAAGCUGAUGAAAGGAGAGCUGCUUCCCUCUGCUCUCAUCUGGAUCACCUCCAGACCAGCAGCAGCCAAUCAGAUCCCCUCCAAAUACAUCCACCGUCUGACAGAAAUUCAGGGAUUCACUGAGCCUCAGAAGGAGGAAUAUUUCAGGAAGAGGAUCAGUGAUGAGCAUCAAGCCAGCAGAAUCAUCUCACACAUCAGAAGAGCAAGAAGCCUCCACAUCAUGUGCCACAUCCCCGUCUUCUGCUGGAUCUCAUCCACUGUGCUUCAGAAGCUCCUGGAAGAAGAUCUGAGUGCAGAAAUCCCUCAAACUCUGACUGAAAUGUACAUCCACUUCCUGCUGAUUCAGAUCAACAUGAGGAAGCAGAAGUAUGAAGAGAGAGAUCCAGAGAAACUCCUGCCAUCCAACAGAGAAGUGAUUGUGAAACUUGCUGAAGUGGCUUUCAAACAGCUGAUGAAGGGCAAUGUGAUGUUCUAUGAGGAGGACCUGAUUGAGAGCAGCAUAGACGUCACUGACGCCUCAGUGUAUUCUGGGAUUUGCACUGAGAUCUUUAAGGAGGAAUCUGUGAUUCAUCAGAGGAAAGUCUACAGUUUCAUUCAUCUGAGCGUUCAGGAGUUUCUCGCUGCUUUCCAUGUCUUUUACUGCUAUUUAAGCAGCACCAUGGAGACCCUUAAGGUCUUUGAUUCAUUGCAUAAUUUGCUUAGAGGUGCGGUAGACAAAGCUCUCAAGAGUGAGAAUGGACAUCUGGAUCUGUUCCUGCGGUUCCUGCUGGGCGUCUCACUGGUGUCCAAUCAGAGACUCUUACAGGAUCUACUGACACACACAGAGAACAGCUCAGAGACCAUCAGAGACACCACACAGUACAUCAAAGAGAAGAUUAAAUAUGGACGUGAACUCUCCACUGAAAGAUCCAUCAAUCUGUUCCUCUGUCUGCUGGAAGUGAAAGAUCAGACCCUGUCCAAAGAGAUUCAGGAGUUUGUGAAAUCAGACAAACACUCAGAGAAGAAACUCUCUGCUGCUCAGUGCUCAACAAUCUCCUACAUGCUUCAAAUGUCAGAGGAGACACUGGAUAAGCUUGACCUCAUGACAUACAACACAUCAGCCGAGGGGAGAAGAAGACUGUUACCAGCUGUGAUCAACUGCAGAAAAGCCCUUUUUGCUGGCUGUAACAUCACUGCUUGGUCCUGUGAAACUGUGACAUCAGCUCUACAAUCCCCAGAAUGUGUCCUGAGAGAGCUGGAUCUGAGUAACAAUGACCUCCAGGAUUCAGGAGUGAAGCUGCUCUGUAAUGGACUGAAGAGUCUAAACUGUCAACUGCAGAUACUGAGGUUGUCUGGCUGUAUGGUGACAGAGGAAGGCUGUGGUUAUUUGUCUUCAGCUCUGAGUUCAAACCCCUCACACCUGAGAGAGCUGGAUCUGAGCUACAAUCACCCAGGAAAAUCAGGAGUCCAGCUGCUCAAACACAAACUGGAGGAUCCAAACUAUAAACUACAGAUACUCAAUUUGGAUCAUAGAGGGCCCUUCAGGAUCAAACCAGGACUUCGAAAAUAUGCCUGUGAUCUCACACUGGAUCCAAACACAGCAAAUACUCAACUCAUCCUGUCUGAUGAGAACAGAAAGAUCACAUAUGUGGAAGAUCAUCAGCAGUAUCCUGAUCAUCCAGAGAGAUUUGCUGAUAUUCCCCAGGUAUUGUGCCAAGAGAGUCUGACUGGACGCUGUUACUGGGAGGUUGAAUGGGGAUCUUGGGCUCGUAUAGCAGUGACAUAUAAAGGAAUCAGCAGGAAAGAUGGGACUGUCUGUAAGUUUGGAUACAAUGACAAAUCCUGGUGUCUGAAUUGCUCUUUAAAUGGGACUGCUGUUUGGCACAACAAUGUCUUCACUAUUGUCACACAUUCACCUCCCUCUACUAGAGUAGGAGUGUAUCUGGAUUGGCCGGCCGGCACUCUGUCCUUCUACAGGGUCUCUGACACACACACACUCACACACUUACACACAUUCAACACCAAAUUCACUGAACCCCUAUAUGCUGGAUUUAAGGUGUUUCAGUCUGAACUGUCUCUGUGUCAGAUUUAACAGCGGACACACACAGCCAACCUCUGACAAUGCUUUUUAUACCUCCAUAGAAAUCUUGGUUAUAUGUCUGAUGACACCUGUAAGAAUCACUGUGUACAUUUUAUAUAAAAUAUAACCAGUAUAUAAAGUGUCUAUAUAAACUGUAUAACAGUAUAUAAUGUAACUAAAUUAGUGUAUGAAAAUGAAAUACAUCUAAAUGUCUAUAAAAUCAUGCUGUAAAAUGUAAGAGUAAAUACUAAAUAUCAUAAUAAAUCAUAAAAUAACAUCUUAUUUGUAGUUACUUUAUGCAUAUACAUUAAGUGAUAGUCCAAGUCACAUUAAGGUCAUAAUGUAUUCAGCACUGAUGUUUGUGGAAUGCAGUUUCACUGAGAUCCUCCUGUUCACAGUUAAGCGACUAAGGCAAAACAAUUGAACCAGUUCCUAAAGACAUGCUGUUCCUGCAUUGUGUUUACUGUAAAUUUGAUCAUAAGAAACACGUGAUCCGUGUCCACAACAGAAAUGUAAUGAUGUCAGUAGAUAAGCAGAUAUGGACAAAUCACUCAAGGACACAAUCACUCAAGGUUACAAUAAGCCAAACUCAUAGUUAAUGUACAGUAGGCUAAGUUUCAAACAAAGCUCACUAAUGCACCAUGGCAAAGGACCAAAAUAAAUGUAUAAAGUAUUUGUGUGAACUGUAUCUAACAGUAGGACGUUUUAUGGUGGAUUGGGAUAAGGAAACUGAAUGUUAUCCUAUCUCUAAUGAACUUGUUGAAAUCUAAGAACUGUGAUUAGUGGAAUAAAGAGUCCCUGAGCUCCUCC